AUCAUGCCAAAAACCGACGCAGGAGAGAAACUACUUCGUAAGCUGGGCUACAGGCUGGGUCACACGAUAGGAGAGGGAACCUUCUCCAAGGUGAAAGUGGCCACCUCCGACAAAUACAAGGGCCCCUUAGCCAUCAAGGUGGUGGACCGGAAACAAGCAUCCCCGGUCAUUGUGCACAAGUUUCUGCCCCGGGAGCUCUCCAUUGUGUGCAAGAUCCGGCACCCCAACAUCGUGCGUGUUUUCGAGAUCAUCGAGGUCUGCAAUGGGAAGCUCUAUGUUGUGAUGGAGGCAGCAGACACUGACCUGCUGCAGGUGGUGCAGCAGCUGGGGAAGCUGCCCUGCGUCCCCAAGGCCCGGGACAUC